CUCAAGCAGAGCUCGAAGAACCAGCUGAAGCUAGGACGCAGCCUAUAGCCUGUUAGUCUAAUCUAAGGCAGCUGUGCCUAGAGGAACAGCGCCAGCAGCGCGAACCGCUAGUGGCGGAAUCAUGGCACUCCCCACUGGAGCGCCCCGCGAGCGCACUCUUUAUGCAGCCCAGACAGGACUGCGCGCGGAGCGCACCAGGGGGAGGCCGGCGGGGGGUGGUGGGCGCAGGCGCGGCGGGGGGUACUGGGCGCGGGCUUGCGGGCAGCGCGGCCCCGCAGAGCGGCGGCACGCGAGCGGGCGGCUCUUUUAGCUUUGUUAAGCUACAGAUGCACGUUAGCAGAGAUCGCAGACAGGUUUAAAGUUUAGUCUUAGAGCUCUUAAAAGGAUUAACU